AGCUGGUUGUGUCUGCCAUGGCGUCGUACAUAUGAACCCUCGAGCGGCCAUUGCAGCGGGCACUGUGCUUUUCCCCGCAAGCAACCAUGAAGAUCUCUUUGGUAAUUCUCACGAGCGUGGCUCUCGCCCACGCUGCGACGGUCGACGUCUUCCCUCGUGCGUUUCCCAACGCCCCAGACGGCUAUACACCCGCCAACACGACAUGCCCGGCUGUCAAACCGAAAGUUCGAUCGGCGAGUCGACUCUCGCGCGAUGAAACGAAAUGGCUCAAGAAACGCCGAAAGGAGACUGUCGACCCGAUGAAGGAGUUUCUUGGCCGGCUUGACCUCGGUCCUUUUGACGCAGUGUCGUACAUUGAUAAGACCGCUAAAAAUGUCACCGAUCUGCCUAACAUCGGCUUUGCAGCCAGUGGUGGCGGUUAUCGCGCUAUGCUGAACGGCGCAGGGGUCAUAAAAGCCUUCGACAAUCGCACGGCAAAUGCCACUGCAAAGGGCCAGCUCGGCGGGCUGCUGCAGUCGUCGACUUAUGUUGCUGGACUGAGUGGUGGUGGCUGGCUCGUUGGCUCCAUCUUUGUCAACAACUUCACCACGAUUAGCGACUUGCAGAAAGAUAAGCGCGUGUGGGACUUACAGACGUCGAUCCUGGAAGGACCAAACUCCAAGCAUUUCCAAUUUCUGUCGUCGGUUAAUUACUGGGAGAACAUUGAUAAGUCGGUCAAGGGCAAGAAGAACGCAGGUUUCGACGUCACCCUGACCGACUACUGGGGUCGCGCUCUCUCCUACCAGCUGGUCAACUCGUCGAAGGACGAUGGCGGCCCGAGUUAUACCUGGUCGUCCAUCGCCCUGGGUGACCACUUUAAGGAUGGCGAGAUCCCCAUGCCACUCCUUGUCGCGGAUGGGCGCAGGCCUGGCGAACUACUGGUAGGCAGCAACUCGACCGUGUAUGAGUUCAACCCGUGGGAGUUCGGGAGCUGGGAUCCCACGAUCGCUGGCUUCGCGCCGCUGGAAUAUCUCGGGUCGAAGUUCGACAACGGGAUGUUGAACGACACCUGCGUGCGAGGAUUCGACAAUGCCGGCUUCGUCAUGGGCACCUCGUCCUCCCUAUUUAACCAGCUCCUACCGCGCCUGAACAGUACCAGUAUGCCAGACAUUUUGAAAAAAGCCUUGGAAGACAUCCUCAAAGAUCUCAGCAGAGACGACGAGGACAUCGCUGCUUAUGCACCCAACCCUUUCUACAACUACCGCAACUCGACGGCCACCUAUGCCACCACAAAUGAGCUAGACCUCGUCGACGGCGGCGAAGACGGCCAAAACAUCCCGUUGCACCCGCUGAUUCAACCAGAGCGCCAUGUCGACGUCAUCUUCGCCGUGGACUCCUCUGCCGAUACCGAGAAUAGCUGGCCCAACGGCACCAGCCUGGUGCAAACGUAUGAGCGUAGCCUGAACAAGACCGGCAUCGCCAACGGGACCGAUUUCCCCAGCGUUCCGGACGUGAACACAUUCGUCAACCUCGGCUUGAACAACAGACCGACUUUCUUCGGCUGCAACGGCUCCAACUUCACUGGCCCCACUCCCCUGGUGGUCUACCUCCCGAACGCGCCCUAUACCGCAGAGUCCAAUACGUCCACUUUCCAGUUGUCGUACAAAGACUCGGAGCGAGACAAUAUUAUUACCAACGGUCUGAAUGUGGCCACCAUGGGCAAUUCGUCUCUUGAUGCCCAGUGGCCGAGCUGCGUCGGGUGCGCUAUCCUGCAACGCUCCACCGCACGCACGGGAACACCACUGCCAGAUAUUUGCAAGCGUUGCUUUGCGAGGUACUGCUGGAAUGGAACUGUCGAUAGUCAUCCGCCCAAGCCGUACCAGCCCUCGAUGAAGUUAGGCUCAGCGGGCUCCGGAAACUCUGCUAGCACUAGCUCAGGGGCAGCUGCAGGUGCGGCGAGCACGGGCAGUGACUUGGUGAGCAGCGCGACGGCGUAUGCGGGCGCUGCUACGAGCAUCUUGGGAGGUUAGUUUUGCGAUUUUAUGUAGCUGGCUUUGGAGAAUG